ACGAGUGAAAUGUUCCACCAUUUUGUACUCACUACCAAAACAACUCAACCUCGUCCGGUAUCCUCUUCCGUCCCCAUGCAGGUCUUCUCUGUUAACUGUUCAGUUUAUAAUUCUGGCAAUUAUGCUACACAAUCAAUGUCAUUUUUUAACAUAUUGCAAAAAAAAAAUGUUUUCUACCACAUUCCUCCAGAACCCUUUACAAUUUUAUAACUAUUGAUGAGUGAUUGUGGUUUGGUUUGGUUUUCAUGGCUCAGGUAAAGAAGUGUGUUUCUUGCCUUUCAACAUGCAUUUUCCCAGACAAGACCACGUAUCCCAUUGAUGAAACAAUGCUGCAUAAUGGUCCACCACACAUCUCUAACUUUGGUUAUUCAUAUGCCAAACGUAUGAUUGAUGUACAGAACAGGUGAGUGAUGGGGUGGGAAGAAACUUCAGCGCAGCCUUAGUUUGGAUUGAUCUGCAACACUCUUUAGAACUCAUAGUGGUAACCUUUGACUGAAUUGAUGACUUCCCCUUGGCGUCUUCUCAUGUCCUGUACAAAACAAUAGUGAAGAUGAGUGCUCCAAGUGCAGCUUUUUUCAAAGUCACUUUUUUGCCAGACACAAAAUCAUUGGUUGUCACAAACAAGAAUGGUGCAUUGAUACAUGAAAAGUUUGGAGAAGUCAUGCUACGCAGGCGUACUUACAUUCCUUUCCACUUCUUAUAAUUUGGUAUUUUUAAAAAUCUGAAGAAAUAUAUCUUCAAAACUGUUUAACCAACUGCCUCGCUUAAGUGGAAGGUGGGUGCCUGGAAUACCCAGGAGCUUCCACUGUGGCCAGCCAGCCCCUAGAUAGAAAACUGCCCCCAUGGCUGGCAAAUCCCGCAACCCAGCCAUGAGUCCCAUUCCAGGCACCCGUCACACUGAUGAAACGGUGGAAGGAAGAAAAAUAGGGAUGAGAGGGGGGGAAGACGCUAAAUGAACCGCUCCAGACACCACUGCACAAACGCUCGACGAAGAACUGGCAGAUCCUCGCUGUGUACAAAGCUACCACAAACCAUGUGAGCCUGCACUUAUGGGAUUGACCGCUGGAUGCCCGCUAAGCUCGUGGACCACUUGACCGCUAAGCCUGUGGACUGCUUGACCUCUUAACUUGUGGACAGCUAAACUUGUGGACGGCUUAACUGCUAAGCUUGUGAACCGCUUGACCGCUAAGCUGUGAACCGCAUGACCUCUAAGCUUAUGGACCGCUUGACCGCUAAGCUCAUGGUGGUUAACUUAGUUAAAUUACAUUUAACCAAAUUUAACCAACUGCCUCGCUUAAGUGGAAGGUGGGUGCCUGGGAUACCCAGGAGCUUCCACUGUGGCCAGCCAGCCCCUAGAUAGAAAACUGCCCUCAUGGCUGGCAAAUCCCCGCAACCCAGCCAUGAGCCCCCAUUCCAAGCGGAAGGGACUCUCCGAGCUGACGCAGCCAGAUCGGAGAGGGAAAGAGGGGCUCAGGGCUGGGGGAAGCCCUGGCCACGAACUACCCAAGACCCGAGGCACCCUACAAGGACAACUAGGAAAAGAGAAAGAUACGCAAGAAAUGCCUGUCAAGUGAGAGGGCUUGCUACCCCCACGAUAGUACUGACGGGAGUGUGAAUAUAGAUCUGAUACGCAUCGCUGGACCAUCUGCCAAGUGUCUUGAUGAGGUGAUCUGGUAAGCCACGAGGGGCUGCUGAAGUAGCAGCGCCAAUGCGGAAGCUAUGACCGGUGUAGCAACCAGGGUCCCCAGCAGCGGAGAAGAUAGAUUGAAUAUUGGAUGUCAGCCAUUGGCGAUGUAGAGCGGUGCCAUCAGAGAGAAGAAAGAGUGGGCCAGGAGUUGAGCCACGGACGUGUAGAUACUGGGAAAGGGCGCGUACAGGGCAGAGAUCACGUUUACCAGCACCAAUGUAAAUAUGGCAACCUUGGCGAAAGGGGUCUGUCUUAGAGCACUUGAUAUGAAUCCUGAAGCUGCUUGGAUUGACUAGGGAAUCUGCUUGGACAUCACUGACAGCAAGGUGGAUGUCAGGAUUGAAGGGGGAGUUGACAGUGAACUCACCAGCGCGUAAGAAACCAAAAAACCCGAGACAGCAGGCAGCCCAAAGCAUUGUAUGGUUGUAGUCAGAGAAGUUCAAGGACUAGAAGAUGAUGUGCAUCAGCUCGAUUGUGAUGCGUUGGCGCUGACGCCUAUUUGAGCCUGGGUUACGUUUGAUAGCCCGCAACACACGCUGUAACCGAAGGCAACCAUCCAGCAGAGAAGGAUGACCCUCCUCAAUUUGAAGGGACCGGAUUGCUGAAAGGUAAACCUUUAUGGAUGAAUGGUGGAGAGUAUCAGCGAGAUGACAGCAGAAACAGAUGAGUACGUCUUCACUGGAUGGAAGAGCUGAUCCCGAAGGAGAUAGGCUAUUGUCCUGAGCACAGAAAUCCAAGAAGCGGCGUUGGGCAGAAGCGUAAACUUUCCCAGUAGAAGGGGCAAGACCCUGAGUCAAAUAGAAGUGGCAUUUAUCUCACAGCGAAGUUCCAAAUCCGAGAGGAGCUGCUACGGAAUCUGGGUUGGAAUGGAGUCUGCAUGAAGGUUUAGCCGGCGAAAGUGCUGAAACGUAAAGCGAGACAGGGAGUCAGCAAUGGGGUUAGACUUCCCUCUAACUGAGGAGGCAGUGAAAGAGAUGAGUGACGAGCUGCCAAAAGGAACAGAUAGCGAACCAAGGACAUGAUGGUAGGGGCUCUUGAAGUGCCAGACCGCAGAAUGUCCACCACUGAGCGGUUAUCUGAUAGGAGGUUGACCCGUUUGGAGGCCCAGUGUGUCUUGCUGGCUGAAUAAUGAGUAACUUAUACUGAUUUAAAUCUUUCCAGAGAGAGGGAAGGUGUGGCAAAGAAUCAUAGAAAAGAUUGUGAAGGCUUCUAUCCAGGUGACGGUGUCUGCAAUUUCGAUGACCCGUUUCUUAGACCCUGAUACCACCAGUUUUCCCUCCAAAAACCGUUGGGGGUUCGAUUUCUUGAACUUGGAUAUUGUCCGGAAGUAGGUCAGCCAAGUCGACAAAAAUCCCUCCUGUAAUUUUAGAAACAAGCUUAUACGGGACUGGAGCAUAGCCAGGACCCACCACAAAUGCUUUGUUGAGGUUUGGAAACGUAGAGAACUCAGUUCCGGUCGCGCCACCACAAGAGCCCCCAGCCACUACAGGCAAGUUGGCGGAGGACGUGGCGGGGAGAGAAGAGACAACCGAGGGACCGCCAGAUGAGCUGUAAGUUGAAAUAAAUGAGGGCACAACAAGCGUACCUGAAGACUGGAAGGUAGAGCCGGGGGUACCGGAGCUGAAGGAUGCCGGAGACUGCGUAGAAGUCGAAAGCGAGGAGAGAGGACCAGACGUCGCGGCCAUGUUUGAGUUUCCGCCACUUGAAUCUCGAAGGGAAGAUAGCAACAGAGAGAGCCAUUCCGCGAGAGCUCUUUAAAUUGCCUGUGCUAACGCGUUGUUGUCCGGCAGAGAAACAGGUUGACUUGGUGGUGAAGCUGGGGUGUUAACUGUAGGAGCUGGGGUAGAACCGCUAGAAGAAGGCGAAGACGCGGUAACCGGAGAAGACAUAGUGGACAAGCUGUUGUUCGUGGUUCGCAUCCUGAACGAACGCGACGACAAGCACGCUUUGAAAAAUAAUUGAAAGAAAAAGGAUACAAGAAAAAGCACACUGCAUGUAGGACUGCUGCUCCAGAAAUCGCUGAUAAAGACGAAAAGACGCUAAAUGAACCGCUCCACAGACCACUGCACAAACGCUCGACGAAGAACUCGCAGAUCCUCGCCGUGUACAAAGCUACCACAAACCAUGUGAGCCUGCACUUAUGGGAUUGACCACUGGAUGCCCGCUAAGCUCGUGGGCUGCUUGACCGCUAAGCUUGUGCACCGCUUGACCGCUUAACUUGUGGACCGCAUAACUUGUGGACCGCUAAACCUGUGGACGGCUUAACCGCUAAGCUUGAGAACCGCUUGACCGCUAAGCUCGUGGUGGUUAACGUAGAUAAAUUACAUUUAACCAAAUAAUAUAAUAUAAAUGGCCUGUGAUAUAAGGUAAAUGGAGAAAAUAAAUUAAAUACAAAAAAAAUACAAAAGUUGCUUGCUUGGCCAAAAAGCAACUUGUAAUUAAAAUUUGCUAGCCUGACAGGUCAUUCCACUGGCCCCACUCUAUUGAACAGCACUUUUGUGGUACCCUGCCUGUUAAAGAUGGAACAGGAACCCUUUUAAGGAAGAGGGUAAAAUAACCAUGGGUCUUUCAUUGUACAAAAAUCAAGUACUGUGUGGAUUCUCUGUGGCUCACUAGUGGUUCAUAAGGUGGUAUUGAUGCCUACUGGAUCCAUGCGUAUUAUUUUAACAAUUAAUGCCAACAAGAAUUAACUAGUGAUCAAUAUUUUGCAGGGCUUAUCACCAACAGCAUCCAGAUGGAUGUUUGUUUACUAGUGUUAUUCCCACCAAUGUGUAUGGAAAGCAUGACAACUUUAAUUUGGAGGAUUCCCAUGUUCUUCCUGGAUUGAUGCAUAAAGUAUACCUAGCGCAAAGUGAGUUUGAAGUAUCCAUUUGCCUAGUUUUUGAUUAUUGAGACGAACACGUGUUCAUUUGACAAUUGCAGCAAAUGCUUUUGAAUUGCAAUAAGAUGAACUUAACUGCUGGAUGGUCAGCUGAAUAGGCCAUUUGCACUAAGGUCGUGUGACGUCGUUUUUAUGAAAAGCGAAAGUUAUAUGAUUUUGCUUUUGAAAAACAACUAGUGGGUCAUAUCUUAGACAAAAUAAUAGUGAUUUGGUUUUUCAAACCUGCACCAUAUUCUUAAAAUGAGUACUUUUGUAGCUGGUCAUGUGACCAAACUGUGAUUUUUAAUACUUAUGAAUUACCCCUUUCUGAACACAAAUUCUGUACUUAUACUUCAAGGAAAAUGUUGAAAAGAUGAUGUGGCAAUGUUUACUGCUCAUCUGAGCGUAACUAUCAAACGUUUAACAAGAUAUAAGCAAAAAGUAGUUUUGGCCGCCAUGCUGGAGGGCAAGAGUAUGCCCUCCAACAUGGCGGCCAAUACAAACCAUACUACUUUGUUGAAAAAUCAAAGUGCCAUAAAAUAGCUCCCUAAAAUGCGUUUCCUCUCAAAUUUCGGGUGUAAGAUAAUUUUUAUGUGCUCUGUGUACUUUUUGGCAUCAGCAAGAUUCCAACUCAUUGUUUAAAGGAAGCAUUGGUAACGUGACCUGUUAGUGCAAGUGGCCUUUUGGUCUGCCGAGUGGGAGAUCAUGGGUUCAAAACCUGGUCGGACUUACUCUCAGGGUCAUAAAAUAAGUGAGGAGAAUGUACUGCCUUUGUUCUAGCAUCUACAGGACGGAACUGCUCAAAAGUAAGUUACCACUUAUGUCUCUUUUCCUGUGUGAUGAGAAUCACGUUGCGUGCUAUGCAAUUCUCGCCGCGCGCUAUGAGAAUCACAUAGCGUAAGAAUCAUUGCAUGCAUGUUUUACACAAAGACGGAAAUACGGAUCCUUCACAAAGUGAAUUAUCACAACAGCCUAGAGGUGGCAGAGGUAAAAAUUUGUUCACAUGUUAGUCAUGGUAAAGCUUUACCACUGAUUCUUUAAAUCACUCAAGAAUUUUGACCAUGAUACUUACACAAUUAUUAGGCCAUUGUGCACUACGUGAGUCGCAUCCUGCACUACAGGAAUCGUGACAGGAUGGUAACUCUCUUUUUAGUGGUACUGUACAAAAUGGCUAGACACUCUAGUCUUCUCUGAUAAGAGUGAUAAACUGUUGGGACAACUGGUCUCAGAGCUCUGUUGUUCCGAUCCUUGUGGGACGUAAAAGAACCUACCCCGCUGUUUGUAAGAGUAGGAGACAACUAGGCCCCGAUAGUUUAGUGGGGGUCAACAUUGAAACGUUAAGUGUCUUACCGUGUAUUGCAUUACUGUAGCAGGUCCACAUCAGUCCUCAAGCUGCCUUUAUUUAUGAAACUAGUAAUAACCAAAUGUAGGGAGUGUGUGCGACAAUGAUCGAAGGUCCGAACGCUUUUGUUCCAAUGCUGUGCUUCGCGUAAGUUUCACGUGACAGGUGGUCAAAACACGUGUGAUCAGAGUACAAGGGGCAGAAGGUCGAGAUGCGCGUGAUCAAAUUGCGUUUUGUGCAUUCCAUUUAGAGAGGUUUUCACUUGACUGUCGUAAAACCAAAACCAAAGUAAAUACACUAGCCAACCAAAGGGCGUAGUAAAACCAAAACCAAAACCAAAACCAAUCCCUUUCGACAGUCAAGUGAAAACCGCUCUAUUCUUAGUGGAAGUCCAAACAAAUACUGGCUACAUACAUGCGUCGCAUGCGUAAUAACAACCUAGAGAUUAGGAUUGCGGGCUCCUCUUGUCGCCUGCAAUAAAAUUACUAAUGAGGCCUGAUAGCAGUAUGUAGAUUCAGUGCAUGGUUGUUGCCUUGAUAACAUUGCUUUUUUUGUUGAAAAUAAAAUUUUCUCUGCUCUUUGGUUUAGAGGAAGGCAAGCCUCUUGUAGUUUGGGGAACAGGAUCACCUCGCAGGCAGUUCAUUUAUUCAAAGGUAUGACUUUGGAUGUUAGUGCAAAUCCUGGGCGUGUAGUACUUGCCAAAUCUUGAGGAGUAUAUGGUUCAUAACUUACUUCAUAUAUGUAUCACGUAAUAUCAUAUUAUUGUAAUAAAUAGGUCUAGUAAACAUCGCGAGAGACACAAAAAACUCAGAAAACACCAAAUGCUCAGUGGUGCUCAACGUCUCUGAUAUUGGUCAAUCGGUUUUUUUAGAUCUACGCUUACCCUUUCACGUUGCCUUUGCUAAAUCUGCGUUAUGUAUCUACUGAUGCCAUUCUUAAUUAUGUCACCAUGUCUAUAAUAUGGUCAUAUGUGAGCAGUAUCUAGGUCCAGACAACUUAGUUAUUUGAUAAUCCAAGUAUAGUUGGGAUUUAAGUUGGAGAAUGUCUGUCAGCAUAACAUUGCUGACUGAAAACAGUAAAGUACUCUACAAAUUCAAGGAUAUCACAAGAUUAUGAAAAUUGAUGGUUCUGCGUUUUUUUUAAAUUUAGGAUGUUGCAAGAUUGAUGAUUUGGGUUCUUAGAGAGUACAAUGAAGUUGACCCCAUAAUCCUGUCAGGUUGGUAGAUUCACUAAACUCAGUAUGGCUUAGCUGCUCCUCUUUUGCUUAUAGUGCUCCUCACUGGUAUUUAUUUCCAGUCAAAUCAAAUGUCAUCUUAAGUUUCCCUGAGAUAUUAUAUAGAAUAUGCACAUUUCCCCAAAAGUUUGUUAUUCUCAUGGAGACCUCAGAUCUCUUUGACUGUAAAGUUUAGAACAUGUAACCUGACAUGGACUAUUAUUUAUUUGGUUUGAGUUCCAUAUGAGUUACAUAAUGUGAGAAAAACAUCUGAUUUGUCUUGUACAUUUACAGCCUCCCACACAGGUGUUUAUGGGGGGCUUGUAUUUUGUACUUCCCCGCAAACGCCUGCUCAACCGAGAACAACAUUCCUUUCCCAAGCUUAGCCAAUCACAUUGCACCUUCCAAAUUCUGGAACGUUGACCUUGACUGCAGGGUAACCUGAUAAUUAAUCGAUCUGCAUGAAUCACUGGGAAAGCUUUAUUACCUCUAAUUUAAAUGUUAGACUCAGAGCGGCAAAAGUAAGAUUUAGUCAGAUUUUAGAAUACUUCGAUCUGUGCACUGCAUAACCUUAGCAAAGGAGAGAAAAGAGGGAAAAGGGUAACUCUAGGGUCACAUCUUUACCCUACCACGAGCUUAUGAGUCGUGUUUAGCCUGUCAACACUUUAUUUCAAAACUGUUGAUUGGUCACUUGCCAGGCAAAUAAAACAAUGGGAAAGGAAUGUUGUUCUCAGUUGAGCAAGCGUUUGUAGGGAGGGACGAAAUACAAGCUCUCCUAAAAACACCUGCAUGGGAGGCUAGUACGUUUACAGUGUAAGCAUGGAUUGGAGUGAGAGUGAAGUUUUUUUACUGCUGUGGCCAAAACACAAUUACCCUUCAAAGGGAUGUUGUUGAGAGGUGGGGGCCGAGGAUUUCCUCUGGCUAUAUAUUACGAAUGUGGUCCCCGGGAGAAAAAUAGAACCAAAAGAAAUAACUAGCUGUUUGGUCCCCCACCUACUUGUUGUAUUUACCUAGCAACCUGAAAUCUUAGUGACAUCACUACUUCAUACCAUCAAUCUAUGUCUUCCCCUUCUUUGAAAAUUCCCAAUUUUUCUCCUUCAUCUUAGAUCUUUCCAGAGCUGCAUGACCCUGUUUGCUAGAGAAUUGCUCGCAAUACCUACACUGCAAAUGGGAAAGGAAAUGGGAGUUACAAUAAUAAAUGCACCUUGAAAAUCCUAUUAUCGUCUUUUCCACCUCCUUGUCUUUGCAAACAAAUUUCAAAACUCAGAGCAACAAUUUCCUAACAAAUAGAAUAUACUCGGAUCUCUCAAACUUUAUCAGUGACUUGAAAUGAGGUUAUGUAACAUUUUGCAUAACUGAUGAAGUUAGAGUGAUGCCAACGAAAAACUUGAUUUGUUUUGAAAUUCUUGGUCUGAGUUUUCAAAUUAUUUUGCUAAAAUUGUCUUCCCCAGAUCUAGAGAGCAGAUAAAAAAUCUUUCUGGCAACUCCUCUUCUUAUUUCUGCUUGUAAAAAUGCGCAACGAAAGGCCAUUUCGUAUGACCUGUAGCUUAAUAUUAAUUGUAUGAUUUAAUUAUGUCAAAUAAGUAAUCUGUGGUAAUGUUUUGCUGUUUGCAGUUAAUGAAGAGGAUCAGCUGUCUAUCAAGGAGGCUGCAGAGUUGGUUGUGGAAGGAAUGGGUUUCAAAGGAGGCCUAGAAGUAUCCUUAUUAUAAAAUAAAUGUUCUGUUACCCCUAUAUGAUCACUGUUGUCGCUGUUGUCACUGUUGUGGCUGUUGUCGUUGUUGUCACUGUUGUCACCGUUGUCACCGUUGUCACUUUUGUCGUUUUUGUCGCUGUUGUCACUGUUGUCACUGUUGUCCCCGUUGUCACCGUUAUCAAUGUUGUCCCUGUUGUCACCGUUAUCAAUGUUGUCACUGUUGUCGCUGUUGUCACUCUUGUCGCUGUUGUCACUAUUGUCGCUGUUGGCACUGUUUUUGCUGUUGUCACUGUUGUCACCGCUGUCACUGUUAAUGUUGUCACUGUUGUCACCGUUGUCACUGUUGUCGCUGUUGUCACUGUUCUCACCGUUGUCACUGUUGUCAAUCUUUUUGCUGUUGUCACUGUUGUCGCUGUUGUCACCGUGUUGUCACCGUUGUCACUGUUGUGACCGUUGUCAUUGUUGUCACCGUUUUCACUGUUGUCGCUGUUGUCACUGUUGUCACAGUUGUCAAUGUUGUGACCCUGGUCACUGUUCUCACUGUUGUCACCAUUGUCACUGUUAUCGCUGUUGUCACUGUUGUGACUGUUGUCUCCGCUAUCAUUGUUGUCACUGUUGUCGCUGUUGUCACUGUAUUCACUGUUGUCACUGUCGUCUUUGUUGCCACUGUAGUUACUGUUGUCACUGCUGUCACUGUUGUCACUGUUGUCAACAUUCUCACUGUUGUCACUGUCGUCUUUGUUGCCACUGUAGAUACUGUUGUCACUGUUGUCACCGUUGUCACUGUCGUCUUUGUUGCCACUGUAGAUACUGUUGUCACUGUUGUCACUGUUGUAACCAUUGUCACUGUUGCACUUUUGUCGCUGUUGUCACUGUUGUCACUGCUGUCACUGUUGUCACUGUUGUCACUCUUUUUGCUGUUGUCAGUGUUGUCCCUGUUGUCACUGUUGUCGCUCUUGUCACUGUUGUCACCGUUGUCACUGUUGUCACUUUUGUGACCGUUGUCAUUGUUGUCACCGUUGUCGCUUUUGUCACUGCUGUCAUUGUUGUCACUGUUGUCACUGUUUUAACCAUUGUUACUGUUGUCGUUGUUGUCACCGUCGUCACUGUUUUCACUGUUGUCGCUGUUGGCCCUGUCGUCACCGUUGUUACUGUUGUCACCGUUGUCACUGUUCUUACUAUUCUCACUUUUGUCACUGUUGUCACUGUUGUCGCCGUUGUCGCUAUUGUCACUGUUGUCACCUUUAUCAGUGUUGUCACUGUUGUUACUGUUGUCACUGUUGUCACUGUGUUCACUUGUGUCACCGUGCGCGUUGUGGUUGUUGUCACCGUUCUCACUGUCGUCUUUGUUGCCACUGUUGUUACCGUUGUCAUUGUUGUCACUGUUGUCACUGUCGUAACCGUUCUCACUGUUGAACUUUUGUCGCUGUUAUCACUGUUGGCACCGUUGUCUUUGUUGUCACGGUUGUCAAUGUUGUGACCCUCGUCACUGUUGUCACUGUUCUCACUGUUGUCACCAUUGUCACUGUUAUCGCUGUUGUCACUGCUCUGACUGUUGUCACCGCUAUCAGUGUUGUCAGUGUUGUCGCUGUUGUUACCGUUGUCACUGUUAUCACUGUUGUCGCUGUUGUCACUGUUGUCGCUGUUGUCACUGUUGUCAGCAUUGUCUUUGUGACGGUUGUCGCUGUUGUCACCGUUGUCUCUGUUGUCACUCUUGUCAGUGUUGUCACUGUUGUCGCUGUUGUCACUGUUGUCACGGUUGUCACUGUUGUCAUGGUUCUCACUGUUAUCACCGUUGUGACUGUUGUCCCUGUUGUCGCUGUUGUUACUGUUGUCACUGUUGUUAGCGUUGUCACUGUUGUCACUGUUGUCACGUUUGUCGCUGUCGUCACUAUUGUCACUGUUGUCACCGUUGUCACUGUUGUCGCCGUUGUCACUGUUGUCGCCAUUGUCACUGUUGUCACUGUUGUCAUUGUUGUUAGUGUUGUCACCAUUGUCACUGUUUUCGCUGUUGUCACCAUGGUCUUUGUUGUCACGGUUGUCACUGUUUUCCCUGUCGUCACUGUUGUUACCUUUGUCAGUGUUAUGACUGUUGUCGGUGUUUUCACUGUUGUUACUGUUGUUACCAUUGUCACUGUUGUGAUCGUUGUCCCUGUUUUCAGUGUUGUCAUUGUUAAGUUGUCGCUCUUGUCACUGUUGUCACUGUUGUCACUGUUGUCACCGUUGUCACCAUUGUCACUCUUGUCACCAUUGUCACUGUGGUCACUCUUUUUGCUGUUGUCACUGUUGUCAUGGUUCUCACUUUUCUUGCUGUUGUCACUGUUGUCACCGUUGUCACCGUUGUCGCUGUUGUCGCUGUUGUUACUGUUGUCACUGUUGUCACCGUUCUCACUCUUGUCACUUUUGUCGCUGUUUUCACUAUUGUCACUUUUGUCACUGUUGUCACUGUUGUCACCAUUGUCACUGUUAUCGCUGUUGUCACUGUUGGGACUGUUGUCACCGCUAUCAUUCUUGUCACUGUUGUCACUGUAUUCACUGUUGUCACUGUUGUCGCUGUUGUCACUGUUGUCACUUUUAGCGCUGUUGUCACUGUCGUCUUUGUUGCCACUGUAGAUACUGUUGUCACUGUUGCACUUUUGUUGCUGUUGUCACUGUUGUCACUGCUGUCACUGUUGUCACUGUUGUCAACAUUAUCACUGUUGUCAUCAUUGUCGCUAUUGUCACUGUUGUCACUGUUGUCACCAUUGCCUUUGUUGUCACGGUUGUCACUGUUGUCGCUCUUGUCACUGUUGUCGCACUUGUCACUGUUGUCACCAUUGUCACUGUUGUCACUCUUUUGCUGUUGUCACUGUUGUCGCCGUUGUCGCUGUUUUCACUGUUGUCACGGUUCUCACUGUUGUCGCUGUUGUCCCUGUUGUCACCGCUGUUGCUUUUGUUGCUGUUGUCACGGUUGUCACUGUUGUCACUGUUGUCACCGUUGUCACUGUUGUCGCUGUUGUUACUGUUGUCACCGUUGUCGCUGUUGUCACUGUUGUCGCUGUUGUGACUGUUGUCACCAUUGUCACCGUUGUCAUCGUUGUCGCUGUUGUCACUGUUUUCACUGUUGUCACCGUUGUUGCCUUUCUCACUGUUGUCACCGUUGACACUGUUUUCACUGUUGUUGCUAUUGUCACUGUUGUCACCGUUGUCACUGUUGUUACUGUUUUCAGUGUUGUCGCCGUUGUCACUGUUGUCACUGUUGUUACUGUUGUCUGCGUUGUCUUUGUUGUCACCGCUGUCACUGUUGUCACUGUAUUUACUGUUGUCACCGUUGUCAUUGUUGUCACCAUUGUCACCAUUAUCACUGUUGUCACUGUUGUCACCGUUGUCACUGUUGUAGCUGGUGUCACUGUUGUCACCAUUAUCACUGUUGUUGCUGUUGUCAACAUUGUUGCUGUUGUCACUGUUGUCACCAUUGUCUUUGUUGUGACAGUUGUCACCGUUGUCACCGUUGUGACUGUUGUCGCGGUUGUCACAGUUGUCACUUUUCUCACCAUUGUCACUGUUGUCAUCCUUGUCGCUGUUGUCGCUGUUGUCACCAUUGUCGCCGUUCUCACCGUUGUCACCGUUGUCGCCAUUGUCACUAUUGUCGCUGUUGUAACUGUUGUCACCAUUUUCACUGUUGUCACUGUUGUCGCAGUUGCCACCGUUGUCGUGGUUGUCACUUUUAUUACUGCUGUUCCCGUCGUCACUGUUUUCACUGUUGUCACCGUUGUCGCUGUUGUUGCUUUUGUUGCUGUUGUCAUCGUUGUCACCAUUGUCACUGUUGUCACCGUUGUCACUUUUGUCACUGUUGUCGCUGUUGUCACCGUUGUCGCUGUUGUCACUGUUGUCCCUGUUGUUACUGUUGUACCUGUGGUCACCAUUGUCACCGUUGUCGCUGUUUUCCCUGAUAUCGCAGUUGUCACUGAUAUCGCUGUUGUCACCAUUGUCGCUGUUGUCACUGAUGACGCUGCUGUCACUUAUGCCGCUGUUGUCACUGUUGUCACCAUUGUCGCUGUUGUCACCGUUGUCGCUGUUGUCACUGUUGUCACCAUUGUCACUUUUGUCACUGUUGUCACCGUUGUCGCUGUUGUCACUGUUGUCGCUGUUGUCACUGUUGUCACCAUUGUCCCUGUUGUCACUGUUGUCACCGUUGUCACUGUUGUCACUGUCUUGUCACCAUUGUCAGUGUUGUCACGGUUGUCGCUGUUGUCACCGUUGUCACUGUUGUCACCAUUUUCACUGUUGUCACCGUUAUCAGUGUUGUCGCUGUUGUUACCGUUGUCACUGUUGUCGCCGUUGUCACUGUUGUCACUGUAUUCACUGUUGUCACCAUUGUCGCUGUUGUCACUGUUGUCACUGUUGUCACUGUUGUCACUGUUGUCACAAGAUUGGGUAAAAGUGAAGAAGAGUUCCCCUAAAAGUCUCUAGCUCUACUGAUGGCCCAUAGCCUAUUGACAGUUGUGCACCAGAUAACAGGACAGGGUUUUCUUCUGAACCAGAAGCCUUUGCUUGCACCGUAAAAAGCCUUCCACAGAAUCUAUAUGCAUGUUAUCAACAAUUUAUUAAUAAAUCAAUCUUAAUCUCUGUUUUGUUCUGAAAACAAAACGAAACGAAUUUGGACAUGAAAAAGAUCUCAGCAGGUCUUAAACAGGGUGGCAAAUGAACAUUUUGUUGUCUUAAACUGGGUCAUGGUUUGAAGGCUUCGACAGGACACCUCUUUCCAAACUUGGCUGGAUCAAUAUAUGCUCCUGGGAAACUGCCCACCUACCCCUCCCCUGAGCCAGUAUUUUUUUAGUGAGAAGUAAGUGUUAAUGUUGGCUUAGGGGAGGGGUAGGUGGGCAGUUUCUCAGAAAUGUAUAGAUCACCCGAUUCAGAAUGUAAGGGCUCCGCCUACUCAGCCCACCAUAGUCAUGGCCCUCAGUUUUAGUUGAAAGGGAUCAUUAGAUAAAACUGUGUUGUGUGUAGUAAGAAAUGGGGACAUGAAAAGUGAAGUAGUCCUUAACGUUAACGUUAGUAUGACACAACCAAGUCAGAUGGCCAGUUCAAAAGGACAGCGAGUAUUGCUAAAUUAAAGAAAUACCGACCAGACUUCAAGUUCACGGAUCCUAAGAUUGGUAAGUCAGCAGGUUCUUUCUGUGUUCCUUGGUCCUUGGUCUCUGAAUACAAGAACACUCUUCAAAUUGUUAUUAGUUUCCUCAAAGCAGGGUCAGACAGAAUUUUUUAGAAUAUAGAAAGGUGGGCAUAAGAUCCCUGAUGUCAUGAGAUUCCUUGCAUCAACUAGAUUUAGAUUCAGCUUUGUCACAGGCAGCCCAAUAAUUAGACUCUUGAACCUCAUGGCCUAAAUUAUUGUAAUCCAUAUCCUUAGUAUUUUUCCUUUCCAGUUUUUAUGUUGUACGUCAUGUCCGCCUCUCCCUUUUAUUGCGACAUUCUCCAUCUAUAUAAUAUUGUGAUUGCUACAUAAGUUCAGUAACAUCUGUAAUCCUGAAGAAGGCUGGUAUGGCCAGCCGAAAUAUUGUUAUAGAAAACAACACACGCUGUUUUUAAAUCAGCUUUGCAGUAGUCUUUGGACUUCUCGUUCUUGGUCCAAUAAUUAGACCUUUAGCGCAGUGUGUGGUUCCUCUGGUAUCGCAUCCCUGAGGGUGUGAAAUUCCUUGGGGUAUAAAAUUCCUUGUGUCCUUCCCUUUUUCGGGAUGUAAGAUUCACUCGCGUCAUGUCACUCUCGGGAGUAAAAGAUUCUUUAUGUCAUCAAAUUUCUUGUUUCAUAACUGUGAUAAAUUCCUUGGAGCUCUUGUGGUAUAACAGACUACGAGUAGUCCCCAUUUUUCCUCAGGGAUAGUAGAGCGAGCGAAACGCAAGCGCGUGUGAAAAUCACCCCACGCGAGAAAGGCGAGACGCGGUGGGGAAAGAAAAAAGUUUCUCGCGUGGGGUGAUUUUCACGCGCACUCGCUUUUCGUUCCCUGAGGAAAAAUGGGGGACUACUCGUAGUCUAGUGGUAUGACAUUCCUUAGGGUUGGUACCUUGGAGUGAAAUUGCUUGUCCCAUGACAUUCCUUUCGUGACAAGAAUUCUUGGGAUAUGACGACAUUCUUUAGGGUAAAUAUUCCUUGGGGUGUAAUAUCCUUUAUGCCUUGGGCUCUUACAAUGUAUGGUCCUUGUAGUAUAAAUGUUUUAUUGGGUGAAAAGUUCCUUAUGUCACAACUUCAUCCCCAGGGUCUUUCACUACUCGUCCCGCAGAGCGAGAAGGGGAGGUAGUAAUUUGGGAUAUCCAACUGUUUGCACUUUUUUUCCUGCAGAAGUGAUAAUGUUUCUGUUUUCUCGUCCUAUUUUAGCUAUCAAGGAAAGCUGCGAGUGGUUCCUGGCCAACUAUGAAACUUGCCGAAAGUGA